CCCACAAGCCCUUGCAGGUGAACUGUCACCCAAAAUGUCAGCCACCUAAGAGGCUCACGCACCGGGGUUAUUACGGGACUAUUAAGUGUAAAUGUUCGUGUAUUUAGUUUAAUACGUCGUUGUAAUUGCCUUUUGUUGUUCCCCAAUGCGCCACCGCCGUGGCUGCAGUCUACACACGGAGCGCACUGACACGGUCGGCUAACGCUAGCCUCGCGCUGUUCACCCUCCGCACGAUGCCGUGAGACGGCGGGCUCGAUCGACAACAUGUCGCUGUGCGCGCUGUCGCCUCUGCUGAGCCGCGUGUGUCGGUUCAAGGUGUGCAGGAGGAGAGUGCAGGAGUGCAGCACGACGCGGUGCACAGGGUGGAGACGCCGCUGCCCGAGGAGGCUGCCCGUCCUCUGCUGCGGCGUCAGGAGCGUCAGCACGCAGACGGACAAGGAGAACAUUGACCUGUCCAAGUUCCCCGCGGACAGGAUCAGGAACUUCUGCAUCAUUGCCCAUAUUGACCACGGGAAAAGCACACUGGCUGACAGGCUGUUGGAGAUGACUGGUGCCAUAGCAAAGACUGAGAAGAACAAGCAGGUGCUGGACAAGCUUCAGGUGGAGCGAGAGAGAGGGAUCACAGUGAAGGCCCAGACCGCCUCAUUGUUCUACAGCCAUCAGGGUCAACAGUACCUCCUGAACCUCAUCGACACACCGGGUCAUGUUGACUUCAGCUACGAAGUGUCUCGAUCGCUUUCUGCGUGCCAAGGUGUCCUGUUGAUUGUCGACGCCAAUCAGGGGAUUCAAGCGCAGACUGUGGCUAACUUCUACCUGGCUUUUGAAGCUCAGCUGACGAUCAUCCCUGUCAUCAACAAGAUUGAUUUGAAAAAUGCUGAUCCGGACAGAGUGGAGUCACAAAUUGAAAAGGUGUUCGAUAUUCCAAGUGAAGAAUGCAUUCGGAUCUCAGCUAAACUUGGAACAAACGUUGAAAAGGUCCUCCAAGAGGUUGUGAACAGGAUUCCACCGCCUGUUGCAAGCACCGAUGACCCAUUCAAGGCCCUGGUGUUUGACUCCAACUUCGACCACUACAGAGGCGUGGUGGCCAACAUCGCUGUUGUUGGAGGUCAGGUCAGAAAGGGGGACAAGAUCACCUCAGCGUAUCUCGGCAAAACCUACGAGGUCAACGAGCUGGGGCUUCUCCGACCAGACGAGCACCCAACACAGAAGCUGUUUGCAGGCCAGGUGGGCUACAUGAUAGCAGGGAUGAAAGAUGUGAAGGAGGCCCAGAUUGGAGACACACUCUACCUCCAGGAGCAGCCAGUAGAAGCUCUCCCUGGGUUUAAACCUGCUAAGCCCAUGGUCUUUGCCGGCAUGUAUCCGAUGGACCAGUCAGACUAUCCGGGCCUUCGCAGUGCCAUUGAGAGACUGACCCUGAAUGACUCGAGUGUCACAGUGCAGAGAGACAGCAGUCUGGCCCUGGGAGCAGGCUGGAGACUUGGCUUCCUGGGUCUUCUCCAUAUGGAGGUGUUCAAUCAGAGGCUGGAGCAGGAAUACAAUGCUUCGGUUAUAGUCACGGCGCCCACUGUGCCCUACAAGGCCGUGCUCUCCUCGGCCAAACUCAUCAAGGAGCAUGGCAGUGAGGAGAUCACCAUCGUGAACCCCGCUCAGUUCCCGGACAGAUCGGUUGUGUCCGAGUAUUUGGAGCCCAUGGUGCUCGGGACCAUUCUUGCUCCAGACACUUACACUGGCAAGAUCAUGUCUCUCUGCUUGAAUCGCAGAGCUAUCCAGAAGAACAUGGUGUACAUAGACGACCAGCGUGUCAUGAUGAAGUAUAUCUUCCCAUUAAAUGAAGUCGUCGUGGAUUUCUACGAUCUGCUCAAAUCAAUGUCAUCUGGAUAUGCAAGCUUCGAUUAUGAGAACGCAGGCUACCAGGCUGCUGAUUUGAUAAAGAUGGACAUUCUGCUGAACGGGCGAUCGGUGGAAGAACUCACCACGAUUGUACACAGGGGCAGUGCUUACACAGCAGGGAAAGCCAUGUGUGAGCGACUCGCAGACUCCAUACCGAGGCAGAUGUUUGAGAUAGCUGUCCAGGCAGCCAUUGGAAGUAAGGUCAUUGCGAGAGAGACCAUAAAGGCGUACAGGAAGAAUGUGCUCGCUAAAUGCUAUGGAGGGGACAUAACACGUAAGAUGAAGCUGCUGAAGAGACAGGCAGAGGGCAAGAAGAAGAUGAGGCAUAUUGGCAAUGUGGAAGUUCCCAAAGACGCCUUCAUUAAUGUUCUGAAGAGAAAAGACAAAUAGACUGCGAUACCAUUAGUGUAUAAUUUUGUCAUGAUAAUAUUACUAUGUGAUUGGAAAGCACUGCUAGAUUAUUCUCUUAAUAAAAUGUUCAUUUAUGCUGCAAA